CAUAACAAAUAUCAAGCAGCAAUUUCCAACAUGGGAACCAACGGAAUGAACAUGUCAGCAGCAUCACCACUGGGAUGCUGCAAACCGAAAGAUGAAAGAAGAAAUGUAACACCGGUCUUUAGGCAGCAGUAUAUCAACGAUAAUGGAAAAAUGAAAUUGACAAUGCCACUGUCACCACUACACUACAUCACAUCAUCAAACUACUACGCAAACGAUCACAGAAUGCCAAUACAACAUAAUCCAUGGGAACAAGCACACGUAGUACAACAAAUGCCAUACCCAGUAGCAUAUGAACAGCAAGUGUCCAACACAGGAUCUAAACAAACAGGAGAAAACUACUACGUAUACAACAAUGAACCUGUCGGAAAUAAAAGGAUGACAACACCAAGUAUGCAUAUCAUGACACAGACACAGUAUAGACAACAGUCGGCACAAGUACAUAAUGAGAAUAGUAUAAUCAAACAAGAAUCAUACAAAAACGUUACAACGCAGUGCCAAAAGAUAGAACCCACUGAAGUCCUACAAAUGCUAACCAAAAUAGAAGAACGUAUUAUUAACAUUGAGUCGACCUGUAAGCAAAAUGCGGAUAAAUUGGAUACUUUGGUAUCAAUUCUUGAGAAUGUGAAAGUCGAACAAGAAAUGGAAACACAAACAAUGAUAAGUAGUUCACAUACAGAGAGUAUACCACUUGACCAAGAAAUUGCACUAGAUACCAUGCAAAGUAAAAUAUCACAGGGGUCACAAACUGUGUCAAAUGGUUCUAUCAACAGCAAAAUGAAUUCACAAGAUAGCUACAAAUGCUUUGAUACACCAAUGCCAUCAUUUAAUCAACAACAACAAGAUGAAUAUGGAUCAAAGGUGUUCGAUGUAUCACAAGAAUUGAAAAAAUCUAAUGAUAUGAUAGAACGCUUUCUGUCAGGUGGUAGUGCUACAUUAGAUGAUAACAGAAGUAUCAGCCUCCAACAUGAAAGCAUGGAACUCUCAAUGUUAUCAGAAAAUAAGGAACCCGAAGUAACAAUGAAACAAGAAUAUGAACAUCUAACAGAUACAUAUCAAAAAUAUGCAAGUUCAGAAAGCCUAAACUGCAGUGUCAAACCCAUUGUAACCACAGCGUCAAUGAUACCAGAUGAAUGCAGAAAGAGCAAUGCACUUGACAACCUGGGAAGGAGAUUCCAAAUGUUAAUGCACUCAUUGGAACAAAGUGCCAAGGAAGCAGCUAAACACAAUGUGAGCUUGCAAAUUAGAGAACCUGGUGAUGCCCAGAAAUCUGCCAAUAAUGUGGAACACAAGGAAAGACAAAUGCUGGCACUAGAAGAAGAGGUAAACAAUACGAACCAGGAUUUCAAUCCACAAAAGGCUCUAUCAAAUGAAAGAUACUAUGACGGUACAUUAGUAAUCCCAGGAAGCCAACAGAUGGCACUUCAGGAACAAGCAAGUAGAGACCAGUCACUAGUCAUCCCAGGUAGCCAACAAAUGGCACUUCAGGAGCAAGCAAGUAGAGACCAGUCACUAGUCAUCCCAGGUAGCCAACAAAUGGCACUUCAGGAGCAAGCAAGUAGAGACCAGUCACUAGUCAUCCCAGGUAGCCAACAAAUGGCACUUCAGGAACAGCAGAGUAGGGACCAGUCACUAGUCAUCCCAGGUAGCCAACAGAUGGCACUUCAGGAACAGCAGAGUAGGGACCAGUCACUAGUCAUCCCAGGUAGCCAACAGAUGGCACUUCAGGAACAAGCAAGUAGGGACCAGUCACUAGUCAUCCCAGGUAGCCAACAAAUGGCACUUAAUGAACCAAACAGCCUAGAUGAUACCUUAGCGAUUGGUGGUGAGCAGCAAAUGGCUCUCGCAGAUGAAGAAUUUGAAGAUGGUACGUUGGCUAUACCCGGCGAUCAGCAGGUGGCGGUCACAGAACAAGAUUAUGGAGCCCAAGAAGAACGACUAGUAGUUGAACACUACCCAUCAAGAAGUUCAGGAAUUAGCAAACAAAGUAACAUGUCAAAUGUCAUGAGAGCAGCAUUCCUACCAAAAACAAGCACAGAAAGCAUCUCCGUUUCAGUGAUGCAAGAAGAUGAAGAUCAAAAUAUGCUAGAACGUAUAGACUCAAUACCCUAAAAGUGUGAUC